CGCGCAACCCCUGAAGAUUGUUGAUAUUGGUCAUUGUGACGGAUAUAGGGGGGAACGAAGAAACCAGUCAUCUUCAUUUUACUCAAGGCUAUAUGAGUAAAUUCAUUUCCAGUAAUCCUGAAAAUGGACGGAGCUGCCUCGAAACCACCCUUGUGGACUACUUUCGUAGUUGGGAGUCAUGACUUUGCCUAUGGCAGACCAACAGCCCAGAUGGCUUGAACUGCUUGCCCAUCCGGAAUGUACUCUACCGCCUCUAAGGAUUUGGAAUUCCUUGACGCGAUCUGAAACCGCCUUCAUUCCGGUUGACUCUGAGGGUGAAAAGUCACUUGGUAUACUUGCGGGCCGACGGUCUAUGGCGAUGCUCAUUUGGGCCAUGCCAGGAAUUAUGUUACAACUGAUAUACUCCGUCGCGUUAUGCGGGAUUACUUCAAGUUCGAUGUCAAAUUUGUCAUGAAUAUAACUGAUGUGGAUGAUAAGGCACAGCUAUAGAUACACGAAUGGUUAUAUAUUUGCGAUACCCAGCCAAAUACUGACCUGUCAAUCAAACUUUAUAGAUAACUAAUUACCAGAGCACGGCAGCAACACCUUUUGAUGAAUACAAGGCUAAACAUCCUUUCCUUGAUACCAAAUUUUUAGACAUAGCACAGCUUGUGUUUUCAACUUUCCUGGAACAGCGUCUGCCUCUUCUAGGUUCUGACACACUACCGUCAAACAUCGGCCAUGAAGCAUAAUGCAAAUACGCCUUCAACCUCGGUGGAGACGCCCUGAAUGGCAAUAAAAAACCUGGAUCGGACGAAGCCAACAUUAAAGUGAUAUCAAGACCGCCUCAAUAGCUGCGGAAGCUAUAAAGAACGCGCUUGACAAAAUGUCGUCUAAAACCUCUGAACCAGAACUUUCCUUUGAAACCAUGAGUACCAAAAGCUUCAUUCCAGGUGGACGCUUAAACUCAAGUGAAAUAUUAUAUGAGGCUUGUGAAGACGUAUUCCUCGUCUAUCUUGACUUCGUCGGUGGCUCCUCCAUUUCCAGUUCCGAUUAUUCGCUCUUCAGAACGCUGACCAGGAAUUUUGAGACGCGGUUCCUUGAAGAUAUGUGGUGUUUGAAUGUUCUUGAUCCAGAUGAACUGACAAGGGUGACUUCAUACAUCCCUGAAAUAAUCCAGUUUAUCGAGAAGAUUAUUGACAAUGGUUUUGCGUAUUCUACAUUGGAUGGCUCCAUAUAUUUUAACAUCGAUAAAUUCGAAAACGCUGGUAAUCAUUACGCCAAACUAGAGCCCUGGAAUAGACACAAUAAGCACCUUCAAAGGGAUGGAGAAGGCUCCUUAUCGAAAAACACGACAGCAAAGGCUUCAAAAAACGACUUUGCUCUCUGGGAGGCAUCCCGGCCAGGGGAACCAAGUUGGCCCAGCCCUUGGGGGAAUGGUCGGCCUGGCUGGCAUAUUGAGUGUUCUGCAAUGGCUUCGGCUAAACUUGGAAGUCAAAUCGAUAUCCAUUCUGGUGGGAUUGAUCUUGCAUUCCCACAUCAUGAUAAUGAACUUCCCCAGAGUGAGGCGUACUAG